AUGGAUCCUGAGAAAAUGAAGUCAGAGUCUCAGCAAGAUCUACUAUCUAACGAGAUGAGAUCGCCGUCGGUGCAAUCGUUACAGACACAUAAUAUUGACUAUAUUCUUGGCCCAGUCGAGAAACAUUUCCUGCUUAGCGCAGAACGAGGUGAUUGUGCCACUGUCAAAAGAUUAAUUCAGGAAAAUCAAGAUCACCCGGAAAUAUUAAAUAUCAAUUGCGUUGAUCCAUUAAAUCGAUCGGCACUGAUAGCCGCUAUUGAAAAUGAAAACACUGAACUUAUAAAGCUGCUGCUCGAAUUGGGAAUUGAAGUGAAGGAUGCACUUUUACAUGCUAUUAAAGAAGAGUAUGUGGAAGCAGUAGAAAUCCUGCUAGAAUGGGAGGAAAAAAUACACAAACCGGGACAUCCUUAUAGUUGGGAAGCCGCAGAUUCAUCAUCGAAUUUUACAUCUGAUAUAACUCCACUGAUUUUAGCAGCUCAUAAAAAUAAUUAUGAAAUACUGAAACUGCUCUUAGAUCGUGGCGCAACUCUUCCCACACCUCACGAUGCUAGAUGUGGUUGCGAUGAAUGUGUCAUGUCCAGCGAACAAGACUCUCUCCGACACUCGCAGUCACGAAUAAACGCGUACCGAGCACUCACUUCGUCAUCUCUAAUCGCACUUUCAUCAAGAGAUCCACUUUUAACAGCUUUCGAGCUUUCAUGGGAACUGCGUCGUCUCAGCAGGAUGGAGCAAGAAUUCCGUGCUCAAUACAACGAGAUGCGGGAACAAACACAGCAGUUUGCAACCUCCUUGUUAGACCACGCGCGCACAUCUUACGAAUUAGAAGUAAUGUUAAAUUACAAUCCUACUGGCGAAAAUUGGGACCCUGGGGAGAGACAGACUUUGGAUCGUCUUAAACUGGCUAUUAAAUAUAAGCAGAAACAAUUCGUCGCUCAUCCGAGUGUGCAACAAUUAUUGGCUGCUAUUUGGUAUGACGGUCUUCCGGGAUUCAGAAGGAAAAAUAUAACAGCACAGUUGAUGGAAGUUGCCAAACUUGGAGCAAUGUUUCCGGUUUAUAGUAUUAUUUAUAUGAUAGCCCCCUCUUCGCAAAUGGGGUCGUUUAUGAAGAAGCCGUUCGUCAAGUUUAUAUGUCAUUCUGCAUCAUAUGCUUUUUUUUUAAUGCUACUCGGUAUGGCAUCGCAAAGAAUUGAAUACUUAUUAAUCGAAUUGUUUGGUAAUGAGUGGAUGCGAGAAAUACUUGCUGGCUGGAAAAAACGAGAACGUGGCUGCAUCCCGGGUUUUGUCGAGACAGGCGUGGUCAUCUAUGUGAUAAGUUUAAUCAUCGGCGAGAUUAAGGCUUUAUGGGCAGAUGGGUUAAUUGAAUAUACGUCGGAUUUGUGGAAUAUUGUGGACUUCAUUCAAAAUACGUUUUACGUAAUCUGGAUAGGUAUGCGUAUUACAGCUUGGUGGAUAGUACAGAGAGAAUAUUGGGAUGGUUUAGAUCCUUGGUAUCCAAGAGAUAAAUGGCACGCAUUCGAUCCAAUGUUGCUUUCAGAAGGAGCGUUCGCAGCCGGAAUGAUAUUUAGCUUUUUAAAACUUGUCCAUAUAUUCAGCGUAAAUCCUCAUCUUGGGCCGCUCCAGAUUUCCCUCGGGAGGAUGAUAAUAGAUAUUAUCAAGUUCUUUUUCAUCUACACUCUCGUGCUAUUUGCCUUUGGCUGCGGCAUGAAUCAGUUGAUGUGGUAUUAUGCGGACUUAGAAAAAAGGAAAUGUUAUCACGCAUCCGAUGAGCUGCCGGAUUUCGAUAAUCAAGAGAAAGCCUGCUCUAUAUGGAGAAGAUUCGCCAACUUGUUCGAAACAUCACAAUCUCUCUUUUGGGCAAGUUUUGGCAUGAUUGAUUUAAUGUCGUUCGACCUGACGGGCAUUAAGAGCUUCACACGAUUCUGGGCGCUCCUCAUGUUUGGUUCUUAUUCCGUGAUAAACAUCAUUGUGCUGUUGAAUAUGCUGAUUGCUAUGAUGUCUAAUUCUUAUCAAAUCAUUUCGGAAAGAUCCGAUACAGAAUGGAAAUUUGCCAGGAGCCAUUUAUGGAUGAGUUAUUUCGAGGAUAGCGACAUUGUUCCACCGCCCUUUAAUAUGAUUCCAACAAAUAAAACUUUUCAAAAGCUAUUCAAAUGUGGAGGCAGCGAUCGUUCCACAAGAUCUUUUAUGAAAAAAUCUCGGGAGAAAGCUAUGACUAGACAUGACACUGUAGUGCGUCUGCUUGUACGUCGUUAUGUGACGGCCGAACAAAGGAAACGAGAUGAGUUUGGUAUCACGGAGGAUGAUGUCAGGGAAAUUCGCCAGGACAUUUCGAGUUUUCGAUAUGAUUUGAUUGAUAUCCUUAAGAAGAAUGGAAUGUGCACACCAACACUCGACAAAGAAGAAACAAAUAUACCCGGAAAAAAAGGCAGAGUGAUGGAACGCCGACUCCAGAAAGAUUUCCAGAUCGGUAUUGUGGAGGGCAUCGUGCAAGCCGUUAUUCAAAGCGAAAAAGAGCCGAAGGACGUGUUCAGUCAAAUCGCAAAGGCGAUUGGACGGAAAGGAAGCGGAGCGAGUAAAAAGGACUGGAACGCCGUAGUAAGGCAAAGCACCAUCGCUAUGGAUCCUAUCGGAAGUACAAAUGAAGCGAUGCAACGCCAAACUCGGCGUAGUUUACGUCGCCAUCUGCAACACCAGCCGGAUUCUGAUUUAGCAUCAAUGGAUCCAAAACGGCUGCUCGAAUAUAAUCCAAAUCUCUCGGACUUCACUCCGAUUACUAGAAUAGCCUAUGCCAAGUUCAUGCUAAGCAAAAACAAACCGGACGAGCAGCCUGAUGAUACAAAUGAUAAUGAAACUGAGGAGGGUCCUCGAAGAAGCAGUAAAGUUAUGAUAACAGAAACUUCUACAAAUGUGAUUCCACGGCCGGCCAUUAAAACAUUUAAAAAAGGCCUAUUAAAGUCUACGAACAGCAGUGUGGAUAAACAAGCAGGACUCAAUGCUAAAGCUGAAAUUAAAUCACCAUCACCUAUACCCGAAGAUUCUGUAGGAGAAGAAAUAAGUAAGCAGAUAUCAUCCGCUACGUUCAAUCAAGAGAAAAUAGUCGAAGAAAUGGAAAAUGUCCAAGAGCAACAGCGAGAAGAAAAUGAAGUAACAAGCGAAAAAGAAACAUCAAACGAGCAAAAGGAAGAAGAGACGGAAAAUGAUAAGCGUCAACAGUCGAAAAAUACAGAGGGAAAUAAUAGUGAUGACACUGGACAGAAGACCUCAGAAAUAGAUAAGGAAAUAGAUACGGAAAAAUGUGUUAAAUCUGACAUAACAGAAAGGAAACCUGAAGUACCGGUUCAAACUACAAAAUUGGAAGGAAAGUCAAAAGCGACCGGUCGAGUAAUGGGAGGUUGGAUUUAAUUGAACAUUUUGGUGCUUUCCAG